CCCAACCGAGGUUAUAUAAGGUCUGCAAAACAUUCGGAUCUCUCACUUUGCUCUUGGUCUUGGACUUCUUGCAAAGCUAACUUGUGGAAAGCGAACUCUUUGAGUUUAAAACCGCUUGAGACAAACUACUGAAAAAAACUACGGAAUCUUGUUGAAAAAACAAAAACUUCAAAACUACUGAAUUAUUCUACUGUUGUGGGAAGCCGGAGAGCUUGAACAUGGCCCUCUGUCGUCUACCUGAGGAACAGCUGCUGAUGGGAGUCGCCCAGUUGGACAUCCGUGGAGGUGGUGUAAACCCCUUCAUUGAGCGUCUUGCAGAACUUGGCCUCCCUGAAGAUGAAGGUGAGUAUGAGGAAGGUAGGUAUGAGGAAGUUGAGUAUGAGAUUGUUGUUGCAGAUGAAGAUGAGCACUCCCCCGACGAAGAAGAUGACGAUCAACUGUUCGACAGUGACCAGGAUGAGGAUGACGACACAGGUGAUGAGGACGACUGGUCUGACAGUUUCAGCCAUGAUUCUGGGUAUGACUCCCUGUCUGAAGAGGAAGAGGAUGAAGAGGAUGAAGAGGACGUUGAAGAAGAUGUUGAAGAGGUGGUUGAAGAGGAUGAUGAUGGCAACAUCCGACCUUGCUCCCCUCUCAUCCAGCAGUUCCCAGCUCCAAUCUUUUGGCAGAGAUGGGAACAAGUGUCUCCCACUGUUCCCGCUGGUGCUAUUAUCUGGCCCCGCGCUUGUGAUGUUCAACAUCUGGAGAUUCCUGCGCAUCAAGUGGAACAUGCUGAAGAUGGUUUACCCUCAGCUUCUCAAAGGUCAAAAGAGUCUGCUCCUUCAACCUCAGGUCUUGGCUCCUCCACAAAGAGAAGCAGGGAAGAGAGCGACACACUGCAGGUAAGUAUGAAAAAGCAGAAGUGGAAUUGUGAGGACAGCCAUGAUGAGUCGGCGUCCUCGACUUCAGGCCUCGGCUUCUCCACGAAGAGGAGCAGGGAAGAGGAUGUUGAAGAGUGUGAUGAUGGCAAAAUCCGACCUUUUUCCCCUCUCAUCCAGCAGUUCCCAGCUCCAAUCUUUUGGCAGAGAUGGGAUCAAGUGUCUCCCACUGUUCCCGCUGGUGCUAUUAUCUGGCCCCGCGCUUGUGAUGUUCAACAUCUGGAGAUUCCUGCGCAUCAAGUGGAACAUGCUGAAGAUGGUUUACCCUCAGCCUCUCAAAGGUCAACAGUGUCUGCUCCUUCAACCUCAGGCCUUGGCUCCUCCACAAAGAGAAGCAGGGAAGAGAGCGACACACUGCAGGUAAGUAUGAAAAGGCAGAAGUGGAAUUGUGAGGACAGCCAUGACGAGUCAGCUCCUUCGACUUCAGGCCUUGGCUUCUACAGGAGCAGGGAAGACAGCCACAGGGAGUUAGCCCCCCCUGGUGAAGAUGGUCUACCCUCAGCCUCUCAAAGGUCAAAAGAGUCUGCUCCUUCAACCUUAGGCCUUGGCUCCUCCACAAAGCGAAGCAGGGAAGAGAGCGAAACGGUGCAGGUAAGUACGAAAAAGCAGAAGUGGAAUUGUGAUCACAGCCAUAAUGAGUCAGCAGCCUUGGCUUCAGGCCUCGGCUCCUACAGGAGAAGAGAAGACAACUACAGGGAGUCAGCCCCCUCCACUUCAGGCCUCAGCUCCAACAGGAGCAGGGGAGACAGCUACAGGGAGUCAGCCCCCUCCACUUCAGGCCUCAGCUCCAACAGGAGCAGGGGAGACAGCUACAGGGAGUCAGCCCCCUCCCCAUUCAGGAAAUACUGGAUGGGCCCUUUUGAUUACCUGAGAAGAACUGAAGACUGCGACUCUGAUUAG